CAUGACUAAAAACAAUUCUACACAAUACAUAUGCAAAACCGAAAGUGUGUAUCUUGCGGGGCCAACUGUUCUUGGUCAUUCUUGGUCAUCUAAGAAACACACAAACGUGAACUUGAAGUUGACCUAGACUGCUAGACCCAGUAAUGUGAAGGUGAAAUUCUUCUAUUCAAUUCUUACUCAUUUUCCUUGCCAAAAGUUAUAAAAUUUCUUACUCAUUUUAUAAUAAAAAUGUCGAAAACCCAUCUUUAACCAACAUUCAAGUAUUCAACAACUCAGAGAAGUCAAAAAAUGGAGGAGAGAGAAAGCAAUAAGAAAGGGAUGAACUUGUUAGACUUACCAGAAGGUUGUCUUUCUCACAUCCUUUCUCUCACUUCUCCCUUCUAUGUUCUCCGAUCUUCCAUUGUUUGCAAACUUUUUCAUUCUUUAGCAAAAUCUGAUCUUGUUUGGGAGAAAUUUCUGCCGUCUGAUUUUCAACCCAUCAUCCAACGCCCAUCUGCUUCUCUUUCUAAGAAGAAUCUUGUCCUUCAUCUUUGCCGUUCUUUCAUUCUCUUAGAAGAUGGUCACAAGAGCUUUUCAUUGGAUAAAUGGACUGGAAAGAAAUCUUAUAUGCUUGGUGCCAGAGAACUCGCAAUCGAAUCGGGUGAUAGUCCUCAUUGCUGGAAAUGGAAACCCCUCCCCGAGUCCAGGUUCCCAGAGGUGGCAGAACUCAUGGGAGUGGCCCAGCUUCACAUAGCAGGCAGAAUAAGCACAAAAUUGCUCUCACCAAACACUACUUACCACAUGUACUUUUCUUUCAUGAUCGGGGGUUGGUCUCGUGGUUUUGAUGUCGUCCCUGUCAAGGUUUUUGUGUCAAGGAUUGAUUCUAAUGGUGCAUAUUUAGGAGAUAGUAGCUAUGAUGCCUCAAAAACUUACUAUCUCAAGGCACCCGAUAAUGAUGAUAUUCUUGAAACUCUAGAGGGUGAAGAAGCUUUCGAGCAUCGUAGAGAUAAUGGUCAUAGAUGGAUAAAGAUAGACAUGGGGAAAUACUUUAAUCAGGUAGACAGUGAUGUUGCUGUAUUGGAGAUGACAUUGAUGGGAACGGAGGUAUGUGUGUAUAAGUCUGGCCUCAUUGUCCAUGGCAUAGAGCUCCUGCCACAUGAUUGAAUUGGAAUGAAGCUAAUACUAAAUCAAAGUGGAAGCUCUUAUGGUUUAUAUACAAAACCAUAGCGGCUUCUGUAGUUUUUCUUCGCAAUGAUUAGUUCUGAAAUUUGUGUGAUGUAAUAUUAUGAAUAAGAUUUGUAAAUGAGUGACCAGGUUUUGAAGAAUAAAGACCAAGUCUCUUGUACCCUUUCUUUUUUGUUAAGGUACUUGAUGUUCGCUCA